GUCGUUGUCGUCGUCGUCGUCGUCGUCGUCGUCAUCGUCAUAGUCAUAGUCAUAAUCGAGUAUGUUCUUCCUACCAGCGUGCAGCGAAGUGUUCGUGAAAAUUCGACCACCACGACACUCGUGUCGUCAUCAUCAUCGAACUCUCGUGGAUAAGUGGCUCAAUAGAACACAGCAGAAAUUCCGACGAUGAAUGAUAGUGAUCGAAAGUACGCGUGAUCUCGGAUGAAAUCAUGCGUGUUCGAAAGGCCAGUUUCGAUAGUCGUAUUGCGCAGCGGGAUGAAAUGCGGCGAAAAGCUCACGAGUAUUAAUUAGUCAUCCACGGCAUUCCGAAAAAUGUCUUUGAGGAUAUCUUGUCGCUGGAGCUCGAUGUCAGUGCGUCACGUUUCAAGAUUAUUACGGACGACACUCGCAAAGAAAAGAAUUUCGGCUCGGUAUAGCUGAUAUCGCACAGUCAUCUUGCAAAGAGAUCCUAUAAUCUCUGUUGCGAGCGAUAUUGCGAGAUGAUUUCAGCAAAGACAGAUUUUUCGUUUCACAUUUUCUCAUGGAAGUUACGAUGGAAAGCGACGAGAUGCGUUUGACCGACCUACGCAUGGCCGUUUCUGGUAAAUGAUGUCGGAAAAUGCCGACCUCGAGUAACUGCUCCAGCAUCCGGUUUUCACCGACACGUUCUAUUGACGCACCAAUCUCAUUAUUGGCCAGCGGGAAAAGCGGCGGAACAGAUUUUUUUGAUCAAUUUUGUUGUCAACUAUCAACAAGUUUGCUUUAUUAGGGAACUGGGCCAUCUUUGAAGAGGCAGAUUUUAAAUGUCAUUGAUCGCGCGACCUUCGAUGGAAUUUCGCGUACAGUUAUUAUAUACAUGUCGCCGCGCACCAUGUCAAAUCGGUCUAAGUAAUCCGUUUCAGAGCUGUCUUGUAACAUGAAAUGUGUGAUUCUCAUAGUGUGAAUAACGUUGCUGAAAGUGUGAUGUGUGCAUAAUUUAAGUGCGUGUUCUAUGUCGGAAUAAUAACGCUCGCAGAUAAAUGUUUCAUGGUGUUCACUGUCUAUAUGGAUAUAUUUGAAGAAACAUUUUUCACUGCAAUCGACAUGAACAAGGAAAUAACAAUGGAAGCCGAGGACGACGAAGAGGUCAGUGACAGAAAUGAUAAGUCCCAAGAAUUUAAAACUACUUGGAGUUGGAGUCGUGACGGCGAGGGUGGGGAAGACGAGGCCGAGAACGAAGAGGUCAACGACAAGUCCAAUAAAUCCGAUAAAAUAGUUUGGCAUUGCGAGUAUGUCUAUGACAGUAGAUGGAAAGACGAAGGAGGUGGAGGAGACGAACAAGUCCUGCAAAUCAGCCGCCUGCAGCAACACGCCAUUUCCGAAACAAGCUACAACCGGCAAAUGGUUGGCCGUAUAAUGGUGGAAAUAUUUCGCGAAGCUGCUUCUCGCAAUGUCACUCUGCCAUUGGGCGAAAUUAUGCCAAUCGUGCAAGGUCUCGCCUAUGAUCCUGAUUCUUUGGUUCGGAUGGAGCUGGUGGAGCAGAUUCCAAAUGUGGCUACUAUCUGUUACGAAACACCACAUCUUUUCGGAAAUGUUCUUCAAAACUACUUGCUCGGUAUUAUAAUAAAGUACCUGAGUGAUUCGGACAACCAGGUACGACAAAUGGCUCAAGAAGCACUGAUGACUGUUGUGAAACGUGAUCUUCUCGACGAAAGAACAAUUGAGAACGAAAUUUGUAUCGCAAUAGAACAUUUAUCUUACACGUCGCGCGAUGAGCAUCUACGGAACGCCAAUAUCUCUCUGAUGUGUCGACUAGCACCGCUGAUUGGUAGCGAACUUACAGAAAAGUAUUUCCUGAGACGAUAUUUAUACCUCUGCGAUGACAACGAUAUGAUGGUGAGAAGAACCUGCGCUACUCACUUUGGCGAAAUGUGCAUCGCUGUAGGAAAAGAAAAAUUAUUUGACGAAUUGAUUCCUACGUUCGUCGAUCUGUGCGACGACAGAAUGUGGAAUGUGCGAAAAGCGUGUGUCGAAGUAAUGAUGCCAGUUUCUUGCUGCAUAACGCCUGAGCAUCGUCGAUCAUUAUUAACUGACAUAUUGGCUAAGCAUUUGACCGACGAAUCAAAGUGGGUGCGAUUAUCGGCUUUUCAAAUACUUGGACCAUUUAUAUCGACAUUUGCUAAACAGUUUACCGAUGUUAUUUACAAUAAAAAUGGCGAAUUAGUGUACACUGGUCAACAGGACAAUUUUAGCUUACGUUACUCGUACGAUGGGAUCUUUGUAAAAGGCACACUUAUGAGUCACACACUCAUGCUAGCUGAUAAUAUGGAGUCUAAAGAUCUUCUUGUAUCGUCUGCGAUACGAAAUGACAAAUACGAUCGAGAAAUGCGAUACAUCAUGAAAGACUCAUCGAUUUCGUUAGAAAGAAAUGAUUACCAAGAGGAAGAAACAUUAAAAACACAAGAAACAGAAAAUGGGAAAUUCUCUGAAAAAACAAGCAAGCACAAAGAUUCUCCUUCCAAGCACGACACUGAUGAUACAGAAAAAUAUAGUCCAUUUUUAUAUUAUUACAUCCCUCCGGAGAUACCAUUGGAUGACGAACUUAUUCAUGCUGCGAGGCAAUCAGCGAUGAAUCGUAAUAACGCUGAAAAAGCGAUAAAACAAGAUUGCACGAGUGAAGCGAACGAUUCAUCUGACUCUUCUAAAUCGUUGUGCCGUAUUGUUAAGUGUGGACAAAUGUGUUGGUGGACAAAUGAUGAUAUAAUAAAUAAAAAGAAAGAGAGUAAAAUAGAUCAGCAAUUGAGUGUCGCUAAACAAAAUAAAGAAACAGACGGCGAUAAUGAUGACGAUUGUCUUUCGUCACUUUACGGCGAUGCGACGAGUUCAUUGAACGAUACCCGAGAAUUAUUACCGACUAUGAAUUUUGAUACAUAUAGCAAUAUUGACUUCACUGAUAAAAGCGAUGAGUCUUGUAACCUUAGUAAGAACAUGAAGGAUAACGAGCAAAAUAUUGUGCCUCAAAUAUUGAUUAAUUACUUUGUGUCGAUGGCCGACCCGGAACAAUGCGUAGAAAUGGGCGCCGACAUCCCGCGUCAUUGUGCCUUCAGUUUUCCCGCGGUCACGCUCACACUCGGCAGAGAGAACUGGCAGUGUCUGAAGACAGCUUAUCAGUCAUUAUCAAGUGCGAAGCACUGGAAAGUUAGACGUACUUUAGCGUCUAGCAUUCACGAAAUUGCUAUGAUCUUAGGCGAAGAACUUACCGCCACAGAUCUCGUGCCGAUUUACGAUGGCUUUAUCAAAGAUCUCGACGAGGUCAGAAUAGGUGUGCUCAAGCACCUCGCAAUCUUUCUGCGAAUACUUAAGCCCGUUGAUCGCAGCCAAUAUCUGCCGAGAUUAAGCCAUUUUCUUGCCACGGACAACGAAUGGAACUGGAGGUUUAGAGAAGAACUGGCCAAACAGUUACUUGAAAUCGUGACUCUGUUCAGUCCGGAUCAGGUGGCCAAAAACAUCGCGCCAUUGUCCCUCCAAUUGCUUGAUGAUAAGGUCGCCGCUGUUAGACACAUUGCGCUCGAACUGGUCACGCGAAUCAUGUGCUACUUACGCACCGAAGACGUUCUAAUUAUAGCUCUUAUUCAAGAGCUUCGAGAGUUUCUGGUACUAAAUGCCAAAAAGUGGACACACCGGCAAACAUACGCACUCGUAUGCGCGCAUUUGAUCCGCAAUAACGCUAUCGAUGGAAGCAAGUUUGUGAAGGAAAUGUUACCAUGUCUAUUAAGUUUGUCGUGCGAUAAAGUACCGAAUAUAAGACUAGCUGUAGCGAGAACUUUAAAAAAAGAUGUUAGUGCGAUGGGUUUGGACACUUUGGGCAUAGAAAAACUGAACGAAGUAGAAAGAAUACUCGUAAAUAUGCGCGUUGACGCUGACCGUGAUGUACGGGUGUUGGCUGGUGGUAAGGAGCAACUCGACAUAUUGUCUCAGUGUUCUUCCGACGAGAAUAAUCAAGUCGAACAAGCGCAAAAUAUUCUAUUUUAAUAGUGAUAUAUUCUCUGAUCUCAUAGAUCACGAUAAAAUCACUAAGAUUUUAUAUACGAAUAACGAACUUUUUAUAUACUUUAUAUAUACCACAAGAUCCGCUUCGGUUCUUCCACACAGAUCUAGAUCUUGGAAAAAUAAGCCAAAAGUUGUGAUUUCACUAGUUAUGAACACAAAGUUUUGACCGCAAACCGACGUAUGCGUAUCACACAUCUAGCCGAAUAAUUACAUUUGCAGAAAGGUGCGUGCGUGCGUGUGCGCGUGUGUGUGUGUGUGUGUGUGUGUGAACAUAAAGCUCAAAACUCACACAAAAUUUUCACGAUUUAAGUAGUUGAGUAAUGACAAUGACACAAUGUACGAUUUGCUAUGAUAAUGACUAAUGCUUCCUUUUGUGUGCGUGCGUGCGUGCGUGCGUGCGUGCGUGCGUGUUGUGUACGCGUGAAGAAUGUAUACGUAGAAUGUAAUCAGUAAUUAUACAUAUGACGCUGAACUUACGACUAAGUUGAAUAUUGAAUAGUUAAAAGCAUUACAUCGUUGCGAUUUUUCAUUUGUUUGAUUAAUCUUUCAAAUAUUCAAUUUCUAUGUUGUUAGUUGUUAAUUUAUAGCAUUUUUAUUAUGCACUUAAAGAGUGACGACAGCAUAGCAUCAAAAUGUAAAUAAAAUACACAGAUAAGACAAUUUGUUUAAAACUAACCACAAUUAUUGUUAAUAAUGUGCCAUGCAUGAAAACAUUACGGGGAUACGUACGCGUCGGGAAAUGAAGCACAUGCCUUGGAAAUCAUAUCGAAUAAAAAAGAUAUACUUACACACGCAGACUUGUUAGCUCUAUCAACAAGUGCGCAUCAUCACACAUCCGUUUUAUCUUUUAUAUUCAAAGGCAAUCCUAAUAGAUAGUUUAUCUGUUAAAUGUUCAUGAAGAAAUAUCGCAUUAUAUGAUGUGUUGAUUAUUAAAAAUUUCAGUAAAUUCUAUAUACCAGAAUGUGUGUGUGUGUGUGUGUGUGUACACGCGCGCGCGUGCGUGCGUGUGUAUGCGUGUUUAUUGCUUUGACAACAGUUACAAAUGAAAAAAAAA